AUGUAUUCUAAUGUUGCCUCUGCUUUGACAUCUACUUGCAAAUCAUCAACAGCAUCAAUAGAAAUUGAACAAAUGGAAAUAAAACCAAUAAAAGUAAAGUUAAUAAAAAUAGAAUUAACAGAGGUGAAAUUAAUGAAUAUAGAAUCAGCAGAAUUGAAGUUAACAAAGAUAGAAUCAAUAGAUAUAAAAUUAGUAGAAUUGGAGUUAACAAAAAUAGAAUCAGCAAAUGUAUUAGUAGAAAUUGAUGAGAAAACAAAAAUAAGACUAGCAAUUACAAAAUUAAAUAGGAUGUUAAAAAAGGAUAACAAUCAAAUAGAUAAAGGUGUAAGGGUUUAUUUGCAAGCAUUAUUGCAAUAUUUACAAUUAAGAUACUAUUAUGGCACAAAAUUGGAUAAAAUGAUAAAAGAUAAUUAUGAUAAAUUUACAAAGGUAUUAAGCCUUAUUGAUAAUAAGAGAAUUUCUAUAAAGUUUAGUAUGAAUCCUAAAGUUUUAAAAAAAUAUGUAGAAAAUAAGAAAUUAGAACCUGUUUUUAUUAAAUAUGAUAACAAAGAUCUCACUAAACUAGUAGAAAAAAAUAUUCCUCUUAAAAAAAAGCAGCAUUGUGUAAUAACAUAUAAUGAGACUACAUUAGUUACAAAUAAUGAUGAGAAAACAGAAUGA